AUGCCAUAUGAUGGCAAUCUGGAGCAUUUAUCUAUUCCCUUACUGGUGGGAGAUUCUUAUUUGGGAUUGGGUUAUGACUCAACUACUGGUGACUAUAAGAGCCUUAAAGUUCGCACUGACAUAGAUGGUCGUGAAGUACCUAGUGAAAUUCUCCCGUUAAAAAGUGGCUCCUGGAGAAAUACUGAUAAACAUCCUCAUGGCAAAUCCAAUGUGUUGUUUGGUAUGGAUUCUUUGGCAUUUGUACAUGAGGCUUUUCAUUGGAUCGGAAUUUUUGGAAAUUGUUCUACGGUUUCAUUUACCAUCUCAAAUGAAGAGUAUGGAGAGAUACCGUUGCCAGAACAAAUAUUAUGCUUGAGGGGAAACAUCUCUGUUGGUGUUCCAAUAUUGGAAUGCUUUUGUGUUCAUUCUACUUCUACUUGUUGGGGAAAGGAAACUUUUAAGCUGUGGGUAUUGAAAGACUAUGGGGGCAAGGAAUCUUGGAAUGCAUUGUUUAUUCUAGAAAAUCCCUAG